GCCACUUUGCUCAGCCACUACACGCCCGGCUACUUUAUAAACACACAUACACCGAUCGAUACACGACACACACGUACAUACAGAACAGAGCGCACGCGCAGGCACAGCCCAUCCAGCCAGCAGGGAGGGACACGGGCGGGCAUGGCUGCUGGUGGCGCUGGUGCAGCUGUUGCGGCGGUGCUCACGACGGCCGUCGCUGCAGUCCUCGUUGCGGUGUUGACGACGACGGUGUCCGGACAGGACGACCCAGCGCCAGAGCCAGCGCCGGCGGCGGCGUGCGCGCGGCGGCCCGUGGUGUUCGCGUUCGGGGACUCCAACACGGACACGGGCGGCGUGGCGGCUGGGCUGGGGCACUACUACCCGCUCCCCGAGGGCCGCGUCUUCUUCCGCCGAUCCACCGGCCGCCUCUGCGACGGACGCCUCGUCAUCGACUACCUCUGUGAGAGCCUGAACAUGAGCUACCUGAGCCCGUACCUGGAGGCCGUGGGCUCCGACUUCACGGGCGGCGCCAACUUCGCCAUCUCCGGCUCCUCCACGCUGCCCCGCAACGUCCCCUUCGCGCUCCACGUCCAGGUCCAGCAGUUCCUGCACCUGAAGCAGCGCUCGCUCGACCUCGCCGCCCACGGCGGGACGGCUCCCGUCGACGCCGACGGCUUCCGGAACGCGCUCUACCUCAUCGACAUCGGCCAGAACGACCUGUCCGCCGCAUUCGGGAGCGGAGCGCCCUACGACGACGUCGUCCACCACAGGAUCCCGGCUAUCGUGUCAGAGAUAAAGGACGCUAUCAUGACUCUCUACUACAACGGCGCCAAGAACUUCUGGGUCCACGGCACCGGCCCUCUGGGCUGCUUGCCCCAGAAGCUCGCCGCGCCGAGGCCCGACGACAGCGACCUCGACUACAACGGCUGCCUCAAGACCCUCAACGACGGCGCCUACGAGUUCAACGGUCAGCUGUGCGCCGCCUGCGACGGCCUCAGGUCGCAGCUGCGCGGCGCCACCAUCGUCUACACCGACGUCUUGCUCGUCAAGUACGACCUCAUCGCCAACCACACCGCCUACGGGUUCGAGGAGCCGCUCAUGGCGUGCUGCGGCUACGGCGGGCCGCCCUACAACUACAACGCCAACGUGAGCUGCCUCGGCCCGGGCUUCCGGGUGUGCGAGGACGGCACCAAGUUCGUCAGCUGGGACGGCGUGCACUACACCGACGCCGCAAACGCCCUUGUUGCCGCGAAGAUCUUCUCCGGCCAAUUCUCCACGCCCCAAAUGCCCUUCGACUACUUCUGCCAGGCAUGACCAUCGUACGAGUACGACCCAGCAUAGCUAGCUGAGCGAUUCAGCUGUUGCGAGAGAGAAUCCAUUCGUGUAACUAAGAAAUGUAACAAGCACCGCAGAUCAUAUCAUGCUGAAUAAUUCGCGAUUGACCUAUUUGUCACGCACGCUACCUGUGAGACUCAAGCGCUAACGCU